AUGAUGUUCAGUGUAUUGCAGACGAACGCCGGGUGAGGUGUGCUCGUGCCUGCGUGUUUGUGUGCGUGUCGUCUACGGAAAUUUACUGCAGAACGGCAGGUCUCUUAGGAGGCGAUAUCCUGCAUGGUCCCAACAUUGUGUCAUGCACUUGUGAAACAUGGAGGGUGAUACCCCCAAAAAGCGCACUUUGGGUGGCAGGGGAGCACUUGUACUGAAGGCUCUGGAAAACAAGGGUAAGCAACUCCAGCAAGCCACUUCUGGUGCAUCUUCACAAGCAGUUGUUCCUCCAUUAUUGAGUGGAGCAAAAGGUGUUGCUGGGGAGGCUGCAGCCUUGUCCCCUGCCCUGCAAGGGGAUGGUUUACCCAAACCUCAAAGCAUGAGCCGGGCGGCACUUCUCAGUCAGGUGCUCCAGAAGCGAGCCAGCUUUAGAGGAUCUCCAACUUCAUUCAGUCACAGCUCUGGUGAUGAGACAAAAACCAAACCUGGCAUUGCACGAGGCAGCACUGCUUUGCUCACAGCCAAGAUGGUUGGUUCUUUUACCACCCAGCCAGGAGCUCUUCCUCUGCAAAGCAGCUCUCCUGCCAUGUCCCCUCCACCCUGCAAAGAUGAAGUAGCCGCAGCAGCAGAGAGCAUACAACUUAUAAGUGUGUCAGAAAGUGAACAGGAUCCAGUAAAACAACAUGGUACUACAGGAACAAAAUUCUCCGGAACAGGAAACUGGAUUUGUCUGUCUCGAGAAGAAGACAAGGCAAUUUUUCAGUAUGAAGUUAAAUUUGAACCUCAGGUUGAUGCUCUGAAUGUUCGCUUUCAACUUCUUAACUCCUUCAAAGAACAGUUGGGUUCUGCAAAAACUUUUGAUGGAAAUAUGUUAUGGCUUCCCAUAAGAUUGCCCAAAGAGAUUGUAUUGUUUGAGACAACAAACCAACAAACAAAUGAGAAAAUUACUUUAAAGAUCAUUUAUAAAAAGAAAGUGAAGAUGGAUGAGUGUGUUCAGUUCUACAACGUGCUUUUCAACCGCAUCAUGAGAAAGUUAAAGAUGUCAAAGAUUGGAAAUAACUAUUACUCUCCAGGAGGCUCAGUUCUAGUCCCACAACACAAGUUGGAGAUCUGGCCAGGAUAUGUUACUUCAGUGAGCCACCGGGAGGACGGACUAAUGAUUUGUGUUGAUGUGUCACAUAGAGUUCUCCGCACAGAAACGUGCUAUGAAGUCAUGGGUGCAUUGUGCCAGAAACAUCGAGGGAAUUUCAAGGAUGCAAUCACUAGCACCUUGAUUGGUUGUGUUGUCCUCACACGCUACAACAACAAGACAUACCGCAUUGAUGAUGUUCUCUUUGACCAGAAUCCUACAUGUACUUUCACAAACUAUGAUGGCAAAGAGGUGAAGUAUGUGGACUACUAUCAAGAUACCUAUGGUAUAAAGAUCAAGGAUCUAAAGCAACCUUUACUAUGUCACAAAGUCAAGAAGAAAGAACUGAAAGAUCAAAGCUACUCUAAGAGCCUGUGUUUGAUACCUGAGCUGUGUAACAUGACGGGAUUGACUGAUGACAUGAAGGCUGACUUCUAUGUGAUGAAAGAUGUUGCUCAACACACCCGCAUCACUCCUAAUGUUCGUCAUGCUUCUUUGAGGACCUUCAUAAAAAAUGUGAAUGAGAAUGAAGAAGCACGUGAAAUCCUUGCUGCCUGGGGACUCUCCCUACAAGACAAUAGUGUUCCCUUUGAGGGUCGCAUAUAUGCCCCAGAGACUAUUGUGUUUGGGAGUCAGGAAGUAGCAGGCUCUCAGCUUGCAGACUGGGGCCGGGAGUCAUCCAGGGAGAAAGUCAUAGUGCCUGUGGAUCUAAUGCCACGGCACUGGAUAGUCAUCUUCAGUCCACGUGACCAAGAUUGUGCCCGAAAUUUCUGCAAUAUGAUGAGAACAGUGGGCCGAAACAUUGGCAUUCAGGUUGGAGAGCCAUUGAUGGUUCAGCUACAUGAUGACAGGACAGAGAGCUAUGUUGUAACCCUGAAACAACAGUACCACAGUCAGUUACAGCUGGCAGUCUUGAUCUUCCCAACACAACGUGAGGAUCGCUACUCUGCAGUGAAGCGCGUUGCUUGUGGGGAUAUGGGCCUUCCAACUCAGUGCAUUGUGUCUCGCACAAUUAGCCAGGAAAAGAAGUUGCGAGCAGUAACUCAAAAGAUAGCACUACAAAUCAACUGCAAGCUUGGUGGAGAGUUGUGGGCCCUUAAAAUUCCUCUGAAUGGUGUAAUGGUUUGUGGUGUGGAUGUUUACCAUGACAGCUGCAGGCAAGGUUCUUCUGUGGUGGGGUUUGUUGCCUCAAUGAACCAGACUCUCACCAAAUGGUACUCAAAUGUUAGUUUUCAGCAUGCUGGUGAUGAGAUCGUGCACAAACUCAAAAUACACCUACUGGAAUCUUUACGACACUAUCAUAAAGUCCAUCACACCUUGCCUCGCUCCAUCAUUGUCUACCGUGAUGGCGUUAGUGAAGGGCAACUGAAGGUAGUAGAGGGACAUGAGAUACCCCAGUUGGCCACAGUUUUCAUGCAUUUUGACUCUUAUGAACCCAAGUUGUCCUUUGUUGUGGUUCAGAAGAAACUAAACACAAGGCUUUUCACUGUAAUGGCCUCCAGGGGCCUUAACAACCCUCCUCCUGGCUCCAUUGUGGACCACACCAUCACUCACCAUCAUUGGUAUGAUUUCUUCCUCGUGUCACAGCAAGUGAGGCAGGGAACUGUUUCACCAACACACUAUAUUGUUUUGCAAGAUGGAAGCAAUUUGAAAGUAGACCACAUGCAGAGACUCGCCUAUAAAAUGACUCAUCUUUACUAUAACUGGCCUGGCACUGUUCGGGUUCCUGCUCCUUGUCUGUAUGCCCACAGAUUGGCCUAUUUGAUUGGCCAGAAUGUGAAGAAGGAGCCUGCUGUUGGGCUGUGUAACAAACUCUUCUAUUUGUAAGGUACUUCUCCCUAUGAAGACAGGUUUGUAUCUCAGUACAUAUGUGAUAGUCCUUAGCUGAAAUGGAUUCACCCUUAAAUGUUCUUAUGUAUACCUGAAUUUAUAUCUGUAAGCAGUCAGAUAUUACAAAUAAAUACAUCUGUAAUUGUAAUGAUUUAUUAGUUUAUUAUUAUUUUGUUGUUAUUAUUAUUAUUAUUAUUAUUAUUAUUAUUAUUAUUAUUAUUAUUAUUAUUAUUAUUAAUUAUCAUCAUCAUCAUAUUUUUAGUUAAGUGGUUUUUUGGAAUUAUUUUUUUUAAUGCCCAUAGACCAAAGCAAUACUUGAGGACUUGGAAUGGUUUUAUUUUUUUUUGAGGAAUGUUUUGUAAGCUUUGCAAAAUUAGAAGUGCCAGCAUUUAUUUUCAUAUGAGUUGCUCACCAAUAGAUCCUAUUGCCCAUUACUUCAUUGCCAUAGUAAAGAGAUCUUGGUAUUGGUCUUGGUUUGUGAUGCUUCUAUGGUAAAGAUGGUCAGGUUUUUUUAAAAAUUUUGAGGCCUUGAGUUCUUUAAUAAUUAUCCAAGUCAGUUAGGUUGUUCAUUUUAUUAUGAUUGCCAUUAAUACAAACUUUAUGGAAUUACUUUGGUAUGAACUUUUACCAAUAGUGAUGACAUAAUCAUGAAAACUGUCCCACCUUCCACUUGUUACAAA